AUGGCUUUCUCAGCUCCCACCGGCCCCCUCUACUACAUCGUCUCCCUCCCCUCCUCCGUCGCCCCCGCCGGCGGAGACGCCGAGUCCUCCCUCGUCAAGGACCUCUCCUCAACCCUCAACCUCCCCUCCAAGGACGACGUCUCCCCCUUCCUCAUCCCACACUUCAAGAUCGGCACCCUCGACCAGCUCGUCCAGCAGUCCGAGGAGCUCGCAAAGGCCGACAGCCAGUUCGAGGCCGUCGUCGGCCGCGCCGUCGACGUCCUCAAGGGCGUCUACGACUCCAAGGACGAAGUCGCCGCCGCAAAGGUCGUCGCUGAUAAACAACCCGAAACAUACCUCAAGUCCUUCCAAUGGAACACCGCAAAGUACAGGGUCGAUAAGCCUCUCGCUGAACUCGUCGAUACCCUCUCUAAAGAAAUCUUUGCUCUCGACGCCGACCUCAAGGCCGUCUACUCAAACUACAUGAUUGCCAAGAGCAACCUUGCUGCCGUCGACCGAAAACAGACCGGCGCGCUGUCAACCCGCUCCCUCCAGGACGUCGUCAAGAAAGAGCACUUCGUUCUCGGCUCAGAGUACCUCGAGACCGUCCUCGUUGCCGUCCCAAAGUCGAUGAGCAAGACCUUUGUCAAAGUAUACGAGACCCUAGUGCCCAUGGUCGUCCCGCGCUCGGCCACCAUCAUCGCCGAGGACGACGAGUUCGUGCUCUACAACCCCACCCUCUUCCGCAAGUCUCUCCCCGAAUUCAUCCACAAGUGCAGAGAAAACAAGUGGUUCCCGCGUGAGUUCAAGUGGACCGAUGGUAUUAUCGAGGAUUUGAAGAAAGAAAAGGACAGAGCUAUCGAGCAGGAGCGACGAGUAUGGGGCGAGGUCGUCCGUCUCGCGCGUGCAACCUACUCAGACGCCUUCAUGGCCUGGGUCCACCUCAAAUCGAUCCGCGUCUUCGUCGAGUCCGUCCUCCGCUACGGUCUCCCACCAGACUUCAUCUCCGUCCUCGUCAAGCCCCCAGUGGCCUCAAUCACAAAGGCCAAGACCGCGCUCACCCAAAAGUACGGCUACUUGGCCGGAAACGCCUUCUCCAAGGACAAAAAGGGCAAGGUCGUCCAGGAGGACGCUGGCCUACAGGAAUACGCAAGCAUCGUCGACACAGAGUACGAAGCCUUUGUCAUCUACGACAUCGUCGUUGUCUAA